GAAGCAGACAUGCGCACCAGUGCGCACCGCUGUGGGUACGUGAGUCUAUCGCUCGGCUGGUUAUAGUUAAACUCAAACACAGUUAUUGUAGUGGUGCCUGAGAGGUAGUUUGUUGUCAUACGGAAAAAUGGCCAACUCUGCCUGGUCAGAAAAAAUACUCCAACUCCUCCGCCGAAUGAAUAACUUUUAUUUACCAGGCUCCUGUCGUGCUAACUGCUUUAGGUUUGAGAUAAACGAAGCACAGGUGGGCUGGAUUCCUCCCCAUGUAGCUUCACUGUUGACACGGUAUCCAGAGGUGUUCAGCCCGCCACACGUUGGCGCUGUGUCACUGAAUCCCUGCCUGGACUCAUACGACAUGAGGUCUGAGGCUGUGGACGCUGUCCUGCAAAGACUGAGACAACACAGCUCCCUAACCUGCCUUAAAGGAUGGAGAGAUGAGAAGUACAGUGUGAUGUCAAAAUUCUCUGACCCUCCUUUGAUGUGGAUGGAAAGAGCAGCUACAAGUCUUUUUGGGGUGAAGCGGUAUGGAGUCCAUAUCAAUGGUUACACUGUCAGUGACAGUGGGGAAGUCAGCAUGUGGCUAGCACGACGCUCCCCUACAAAGCAGACAUACCCUGGACUACUGGACAAUGUGGCAGCAGGUGGUCUGGCUGCUGGUGUUGGCAUCAAACACACUCUGGUCAAAGAAUGUCAGGAGGAGGCAUGUUUCCCAGCAGCCAUUGCUGAGAAGGCUCAUCCUGUAUCCACAGUAAGCUACACCUAUGAGGAUGAAGAGGGUGUGUUUGCAGAAUGUCAGUUUGUCUUUGAUUUGGAACUUCCUCUGGAGUUCAAGCCCAGAGUGGGUGAUGGAGAGGUCCAAGAUUUCUAUCUCCUGCCCAUAGAUAAGGUAAAGGAACUGCUAGCCACUGAUGACUUCAAACCUAACUCUGGCAUGGUGGUCUUGGACUUCCUCAUUCGACACUCGUUUAUUGAGCCAGACACAGAGUCAAGCUAUCAGGAAUUUGUGGCAGGACUCCAUCAGCCAUUAUAGAGUGAAGCUGCAGAAUGGCACUGUCAGAUGCCAUGAAACAGUUACAUUGUUGUUUACACUUAUCCCCACAAAUAUUUUGUGUCUGUAGUUCUUGUUUGAAGAGAACAUCCACCAAGACUCAGCUGAACCUGGAAUCUGGAGGCAGGAAACAUCAAUGAGUUGAUUGUUUCGCAUGAUAACUGGUGAACUGAGGGCUAGAUUUGGGACUGAGCUUUAUCCAACAAAACUCUCCAUAAAACUGAACAUGAAGUUUCCCAUUGCAGCUCACAUAUAUUCUCUUCCCUCCUCUGGUAUACUUUAGUUUCCCUUGCUCAUUUUUGUUAUUUGCAUAGUAAGUAACAUUUUGUUUGUUGUAAACGUCAUUUUUUAAGCUUUUAGCUGAUUAUCAUCAACAUAAUAUAGUUUCCCUCAUUAAUUGCUGAAAUAAUACCAAACUUGAAGAAGUCAAACUUAUUAUAUUGUCAUUAGGGGAGAGUGGGGGUGAUUUGAGCCGGUUGGAGAGUUAGCCACCCCAUAUUUCUAGGCAACCGUUGAAAGAAAUGUUCAUGUGACCACACAUUUUAGUUGAAUCAGCAAUUUUACCCACCCUGUUAAGAGAGAGGCACACAGAAUAACUAGUACGCAUAUUUAAGUUCAAAAAACUGUUUUUUGUUGUUCAAAGUGAUGUUGUUGUUUUUUUCAUUCAAGGAUUCAUGUUUUUUUUUGUGUGUGAAUAAUUACAGCCAAGUUUGAAAUAAUGUCAUGUGUUAGUGCUUUAGAAAGCUACAAUGUGAAGCUAUACGGUUUGCAUGAUAUUAGCUCUAUUUUGCAGGAUGAUGCAAGUUUUUAAAAUGGCGGGGAAGGGGUGAUUUAAGCCAGUGGCUCAACCAUUGUGAUUAUUAUCAAAAUGUUGUUUUAGUCUAAUUCUUCAUUGCAUUCUGAACGCUGAAAUAAUGUCAUUUUAAAUCAUGUUAAUUUUAGACCUAAAAUUGUCAUUCCAUGUGUCUAUAAAUGGAAAACAGGCAGGGCGUCAGCUUCUCUUGUGGAAAAACUGGAGCUGGAGAAGGCUCAUAAUAAAGAGAAAAUAAGAGGCUGAAAAAAAGGAAGAAAAGGGCUGAAAAUGAGAGGAAGAAAAAUGCUCUGAAGGGGUCAAAACUAAGAAGAAAUCUCUGGUCUGCAGUUGCACAGAAGAAAGUAAGAUAAACCACUAAGCAAAACCAUUGACUAUGAUAGUUCAGAAGAUGACCUCAGUAAUGAUGAUGAUGAUGAUGAUGAUGAUGAUGAUGAUGAUGGUGAUGAUGGUGGUGGUGGUGACAAGAAUCUGUCCACUCGCAAUUUGUCAUUGUGAAGAUUGCUGCUAAAAAGAAAUUCUACAGUAACAUUGGAUUGGUGCAGAAGUUUGAGGGUACUGACAUCAGUUCAAAGUUUCUGAAGGCGUGGGGAUACUGCAGAUGGAGAGCCCACCUUCACAUUCAAAGAGAAAAAUGAAGGACUCAUCCCGAGAGCUGAUGUGCUGAAGAAACGACUGAAGCUGCAAAAACUUGGUGGCACAGCCAGAAGGGAGCAGAUGUUCCUUUUCCCCUGUAGAAUGUGCAAGUGGGAUGUUGAGUAGCAGUCCAGUUCUGUGAGAAUUGCAGGAAUCUGUCCAUUUUGAACUUGUUUUAAAAAAAAUUGGUUUUGUUGAAGAAAACUGGCCUUUGAAGUUGAACUAUCUUUAAGUAAAAACUUUAAGAGCCAAGAAACCACUUUUUUGGGAAGUCAUUCUGGUUUAGUCUAGAUCCAAAGUGAAUAUUCCCAGAGAUGCUCAACAUCCUGAAAUAUAUGUGCAUAUAGUACAUCAAACCUCUGCACCAUUCCAAUGUUAGUUGGUGUCAUGACUGUCACGUCCUCACUUAGAAGUGGCCUCUAGUAAAAACUGUCUCAACUCACCCCGCUCCCCCCUAUUUUAAUAUCUUUAACCGAGAGCUGAUGUGCUGAAGAAACGACUGAAACUGCAAAAACUUGGUGGCACAGCCAGAAGUGAGCAGAUGUUCCUUUUCCCCUGUAGAAUGUGCAAGUGGGAUGUUGAGUAGCAGUCCAGUUCUGUGAGAAUUGCAGGAAUCUGUCCAUUUUGAACUUGUUUUAAAAAAAAUUGGUUUUGUUGAAGAAAACUGGCCUUUGAAGUUGAACUAUCUUUAAGUAAAAACUUUAAGAGCCAAGAGACCACUUUUUUGGGAAGUCAUUCUGGUUUAGUCUAGAUCCAAAAUGAAUAUUCCCAGAGAUGCUCAACAUCCUGAAAUAUAUGUGCAUAUAGUACAUCAAACCUCUGCACCAAUCCAAUGUUAGUUGGUGUCAUGACUGUCACGUCCUCACUUAGAAGUUGCCUCUAGUAAAAACUGUCUCAACUCACCCCGCUCCCCCCUAUUUUAAUAUCUAUAAACAUAUAUUUGCGCGUGUAUGCAGAAUCUGUAGGCAUCAGGACAAGAUUUGGUUCCUGAAGCUUUCUUUUUUUUAUUUGUAGUCUGAGUAGCAACAACCAAUGAUGUUUGAGCAGCAGGUGUGUGGAGAAUAGAAUAGAAAGAACUGUCCAGCAGCUCAUAAAAGAUAAAAACAAAAUAAAAUACAUUAAAAUAAGUGCAUAAAUAGAGAUUAAAUUAAAAUAAAAUUAUUCCAUGGAAUCCAUUCCACAGUCGAGUCCAGUUGUGGUUAGGGAGGGAGGGACGGACGGACCGGACCGGACAGGACGGGCUAAACAGAUUUGGGUGGUUUUUAAUUGUAGAGAUUUCAGUCUUUACAAGGUGCAGGAGUAUAUGUCAGUCAGACAGUUAUGGUGUGAUGGAGAUGAUCACAGCAUGACCGUUAUAAUAUAGAAUCCUACAAUAAAUCCGACACUCAGUUAAAAGGAAAAGAGUUUACACAUACCUGAAGAAUCUCAAUGCAGAUGUUCUUACAAGAGACACACAGAUAACAAACACAAGAAACUUAAGAGAGAGUGGGUUGGACAAGUGUUUGCCUCUUCCUUUAAUACCAAAGCAAGAGGAACUGCAAUCCUCAUAAAUAGGAACACCCCCUUUAUUGUUACUAAAGAGACUGUUGACCCCAUGGGCAGGUUUGUGUUUGUCCAGGGGCAUAGUUACUCUAAAUGUUGGUCCUAAUUUUGAUGACCCUGUGUUUAUUCAAAAUAUUUUCCUCCAUAUAGCAUAAGCAACUGGAGUGAUUCUAAUUGGUGGGGAUUUCAGUCUUUGUCUGGACACAGUCCUUGAUAGAUCCUCUAAUAAGCCACUUUCUCUUAUCAAGGCAGCUAAAUUAACAAUUUCUUUUAUGAGGGGCAUUAACCUGACAGAUGUUUGGAGGUGGUUACACCCAGGAGACAGAGAUUAUUGUUUUUACUCACAUCCUCAUGGAACCCACACACACAUUGAUAACUUUUUGCUAUCCACCCAGCUAUGCCAUAGUGUUGAAUGCUCAAGACCUUGCUCACUUACUUAGUGACCACUCCCCCUUGGUUUUGUCCAUUUCCAUGCCUAAUAAGGUAAAAACAGCCUAUAGAUGGAGGCUUACCCUAUCCUCCUCAAGCAACCAGAUUUUUGCACCUUUAUCAGAGAACAGAUUACAUUUUUUACACUAACAAAUCAAAAAUCUGCUCCUAAUAGUUUUAUUUUUUGGGACAUGCUCAAAGCCUAUUUAAGGGGGCAAAUUAUCUCCCACACAAAAGCAUUGAAAAAGAAACAUCGUGCUGAGCUUGAUACCCUGGAGUCUGAAAUUCUAGCACUUGAAAAAGCACAUCAGAUAAUACCUAGUAAAGACUUGUAUAGAACUCUGGUAAACAAAAAACUCUAAUAACUAUAAUAGCCUGAAUACAUACCAAACCAAGAAAUCCAUCGUAACGUCUAGACAAAGAUACUAUGAACUCGGAUAAAACGCUAUUAAAGUGCUGGCCUGGCAGUUAAAAACAGAAGAAAGUGAGAGAGCAGUCAAUGGCAUGGAAGUAACCACUGGUAGAAUCUCUAACAACCCCGUCAAAAUUACAGAUGCUUUUAAGAAACAUUAUAGUGACUUGUAUACUGCUCAAUCAAAUGGGGACUUUUCAACAAUAGAUUAUUUUCUUUCCGCACUUAAUCUCCCAUCUUUAUCUGAUGAAGACAGAGAGCUUAUGAAUAAAUCAUUUUCAAUAUCUGAAUUAACUGAAGCUAUUAAAUUGUUGCCUUCAAAUAAAUCUCCUGGGGAAGAUGGUUUUCCCACUGAGGUUUAUAAGGUAUUUAAAGACCUCCUGACACUAUUGUCAAUGGAAGUCCUUGAACUAGCUAGGUAGGAAAAAUGAUUACCCAAAUCAUUCUCUGUGGCCAUUAUAUCAGUUACGCACAAAACAGGAAAAGAUCCAGUAAAGUGCACCUCCCAUAGGCCAAUUUCCCUUUUAGAUACUGAUUAUAAGCUAGUAACCAAAAUGAUUUCCAAGAGAUUGGAGACACUUAUUCCCUGUGUUGUCAAUUCUGACCAAACUGGUUUUAUAAUUAAUAGACAUACUUCUGAUAACUUAAGACGCUUUUUAAUAUUAUCCACUUUGCCCAGAAAAACAACCUACCCAGUGUUGCACUCUCCCUUGAUGCCAAAAAGGCUUUCGACUGGCUAGAAUGGCCUUAUUUCUUAAAAGUUUUUGAAAAAUUUGGCUUCGAUGAUCAAUUUGUAGAUUUAAUAAAAUCAUUGUAUAGGGCCCUAGGAUUGCAGUCAAUGGGAUUUACUUCAGACUAUUUCCCUAUCUUCAGGGGCAACGGGCAGGGUUGCCCAGUCCUGCUCUCUUUGUACUUGCCAUGGACUCACUGGCUGAAGCUAUCCGAGUAGACUCUUAAGUUUUGAAAUUGGAAACAAAAAGUAGAGAAUGACAUGACUCAGCAGAUGAACCUCCCUUCUACUAUACCAGGUGGAAUUAAUGUUAUCAAAAAAAAAAAAAAAAAAAUUAUUUAUAAAAUUUUUAAAAAAAAAUUAUCAAGACGAAUGUCUUGCCUAAAUGUUCAUGUUUCAAUCCCUUCCAAUUCAUGUUCCCUCUGCAUUUUUUUCUUCACUGGACAAGCUGACCAGACACUUUAUUUGGCGAAGUAAAUCCCCAAGGCCCACUUUAAAUAAACGUACCCUACAUUAUGCAAAAGGAGGGUUAAAACUUUUUGGCUCAGCAGUUUGAGGGGAUCCCUCACUCUUGUGGCUGAAUAUUGAAAGGCUGGAAAUGAACAAGCUCAAUCUGUUCGAUAUUUUAUAUAAAUGGGAUGGAAAGUCAAUCAGAAAUACUACCCGUAAUCCUUACAUUAUUCACUCAGUCCAAACUUUUAAAAUACACAAGAUGUUUCGGUCAGGUUUUCUCCCUUUCCCUUGUGGGAAAAUAGGCUUAUGCCUAUCUUGUACCAGAACGAAAUCUUUAAUUCUUGGCCUAAAAAGGGUACCACUUGCUUAAAACAUUGUUUUAAGGAUGGAAUAUUUAUGUCUUUCCAACAAUUAAAGGAAAAAUACUA